UGCUUGGUGAGUCUGCCCACGCUCGGAGCUGCCGGCAGUCUCAGCAGAAAAAAUGGAAGACCUGCCUGAUGUUGCUUCUUUUUCGACUAAACUUAAAAACACCUUGAUAUUGUACCAUAACAUUGAAGAUGAUAAGUGGCGAGUUGCAAAGAAAACGAAAGAUGUAGCAGUUUGGAGAAAAGCUUCAGAAGAAUUUAAUGGAUAUCUCUACAAAGCCCAAGGUGUUGUAGAUGAUGUAGUCAAUACCAUAAUAGACCAUAUACGCCCAGGGCCUUUCCGCUUGGAUUGGGACCGCCUCAUGACUUCAUUGGAUAUUUUGAAGCACUUUGAAGAGAAUUGCUGUGUGAUGCGUUACACUACUGCCGGUCAGCUUUGGGAUAUAAUUUCCCCAAGGGAGUUCGUUGAUUUCUCCUACACCGUGGGCUAUCAAGAAGGACUUUUAUCCUGUGGAAUAAGUCUUGACUGGAGUGAAAAGAGGCCAGAGUUUGUUCGUGGAUUUAAUCAUCCCUGUGGCUGGUUUUGUGUUCCACUUAAAGACAGUCCACAUCAGAGUCUCUUGACAGGGUAUAUUCAGACAGAUCUGCGUGGAAUGAUCCCUCAGUCUGCAGUAGAUACAGCCAUGGCAAGCACCUUAACCAACUUCUAUGUUGACUUACGGAAAGCCUCACAAAAAGCAUGAUAUGUUCAGACUUGCACUGUGCUCCUGGAACCAGCUCUUUCCUUUAGCUUAUGGCCUGUGAAACUCAACAAUUCUGUUUCUGUAUAUCCUGUGGGAACAUUUGACAUGUUUUUGGCUUAGUAGUAUAAUAUUUUAUGUUGUUCCUAAAGUACCGAGUUAUUUAAAGAGAAUGCAUAGCUAUUUGAAGCUCAUAGCUAUUUGAGAAGAUUUUAGUUCUCUUAAACUUUUGUUUGGUGUUUCUCUUAAAUCUUUGUUUGGUGUGGCAGUUUGUUUACAAAUGGAGAACAUGAUCAAAAUCCACAAAGAAAUAGAUAGUAGUUCUUUGGCUCUGAGUCAAGAAAUUGAAUAGUGUCUCAUGAGUAUUUUGGCUUUUUGGAAAUUAAAGAAAACACAAGCAUCA